CUCUUCACCGGUGACAAAUACCAAUUACCAAAUACAUAUACAGUACGUUAAGCAAAAAAAGACGAUACUAUCCUUCAUCAGUGGAGAUUUCUUUUUUUUUUGUUUUGUUUGUAUAUAAGUAAAAGAAGAACAAGUUCUAAAUCUGAUGAAAAGGAAGAAAAUGGUGGGCAUUUUUUCCAGGUUUUAUGUUAGUAAAUCAACUGGUCAUCAUAGAAGAACUCAAAGUGCAAUUGAUGAGAGAAGGCCGUUACCGCCGAACCCAGAAGUUGCAGCAACCACAAUAGCUGCAGCAGCUGCAGCACAUGGGAUUGAAGUGGCAAUAGAAUUUAAGCCAGUUGAACACCCAACUGAACCCUUUGACCAUGAUCAACCUGUCAAAUGCCCAUUACCUGAACCUUCAAUUCUUAAUGAUGGAAGAGUGUGGAAGGAACGGAUCUCAGCGAGUUCACAAAAAAAGAUUACUUCUUCCAGCGUUGAUUCUGAAAUUAUAGGAACAAGGUCUCGAUCAUCCAAUCGGUUAAUUUUACCAUCCCUUAGUGCACCUGAACACAACAUUAUAAACCUACUCGAAGAAUGCAAUACAUCUGGGAUGUGAAACUACUGGGUACUUGUUUUUCACGCGAACAGUUGUUCUAUUUACUUAGUUCAUGCUACAUAAUGUCUGCUUGUAUUUUAUUUUACUUUUUUCUUCCCACAUGUUCUUUCUUCUCUAUAGAAUUGACCUGUGAAUCAGCAAAAGAAAGAAAGCAAUAGAAAUGUAAUUUCCAAAUUUGUGGGAAUCCUUGAAAAUUUCUUAUAUAUAUGUAUAUUUUGUCAAUCUCAAAUGGCAAUUUUUAAGCAAUGUGAAAUUUCUUACGGA